UCCAGUCACGCGAGAAAAAAAAUGUGAAUUUGUAAUUCAUAAUAUACAUUAAACCAUUGUUUUACGUAGUAAAUAAAAUAAUAAAAUAACUUAUGUUAUACUAAAAUGAACGAUGAAGCAAUAGGAUGUUUAUGAAAUCAUCAUAAUGGACGUUGUAUUGUUAAAUAUGUGUUUUUUUUAAUGUCAUUAAAUGUGUUGUUAAAAAAGUGCUUUUUUUCGUGACGACAGUCGCCUCAGUAGUAGGUUCCAACAUGAAUGAGAAUAUGGCACCAGAAGUGGAUCCGUUGAGCAACUAUAGCAUAAAUACAUUCCACAACUUUGAAGGUUAUGAAAAUUUACCGUACACUGAAAACAUAGGCCAUACAACGUACCCGUAUCCCAUAAAACUAGAGCAAUACCAAACUUCGUUUAACUAUUAUAAUCAUGCACCGCACACUAGUGAAGUUAAGCACAACGUACCAGAAAUAACCAAUAGCGUACCUCCAAAUAACGUCAGUAAUAAUGAACCAACGAAUCAAAGCAUAAACAACACUCCAACUACGAACAAUGAAACCAAUACAGACGUUGAUAUAAAACCAGAUAUAACCGAGAACAUCAAUAAAAGAAGAAUUAAAAAGGAACGAAGCAAAUAUUUCUCGGAGAAAAUAACAGAAAAGGACUUUCCCUUCUACGGGUGCUCAGUAUGCAACAUAUGCUUCAAAUCACUACACGAACUAGACACACACGUCACAAUACACAAGGACAGAAUAACGAGCUACGAUUUGAGAAUAAAGAAUCAAAUAAAAAAAAAAAAGUUAAAGAAGGAAAUGAAAAAGAAUAAAAAGAAACAAAAGAAUGUCGUCAAAUUGGAAACGGAUGUUGAUAUCGAAAUUAAACCAGAGGACGGAUACAUUGGCAGCGAGAAGGCAUCAGACUUGAUCAACUACACAGAAUCGGACAACCAAAGCUCAAAGGAGAAUGAGAAUGGAGUGAUUAACGAGAAGAAAAAUGAUAAUAUUGCAACGACGGAUGCAAGUACGAGGGAACCAAUGAAUAAACAGGAAAUACAGAAUUUACAGAAGAUAUACAAAUGUUUUGCAUGCCAGAAACAGUUUACGUUGAGUUAUUACUUAAAGUUACACGUCAGAUCUCAUACAGAUGAAAAGCCGUACACGUGCGCGGAGUGCGGCCAGUCCUUCAUCACAGCCAGCAAGCUCGGACGACACAAUAAAAGAUUUCAUCUCGCCAUCCGGUACCAGUGUCGGAUAUGUUAUAGAUACUUUUCAAGAUUCGAAUUCCUGACCCGCCAUUUCGAUAAGAAACAUCCAGACGAUAAAUUGGAGGGGGAACCAUAUGAUUACAAUGCCAUAUUGCCAUAUUUAAAAGAACUAGAGGAACAGCUGCGUGAGAAGUCUGAGAGUGAAAAGUCCAAGCCGAAAACGGAGGAUUUGUGGUCGAGCGAUUGGCCGAAUAUGGGAACAAGUGAUAACGAUUUUAAGGAAAAUGUUGUAAAGGACGAAGAAAAGGUAGAAUUGAGGAUCGAAGAAGUUAAGGUCGAUAUGGAUGAUGUCGAUGUCAAACAAGAGGCGGAUUUUGAGGAGAAGAGUGACGAUCUAGAUGAUUUUAGAGACGAUUUGAAGGAUGAGAACGCGUCCGACUCGGACUACUUCCCGUCCAACACGUGCGCCGCCCCCCCGCGCUCGCCGUCGCCGCCCCCCCCCGGCGACCGGCUGCAGUGCGGCGAGUGCGGCAAGCGCGUGAGCAGCGCGUCGUACCUGCGCGUGCACGCGCGCACGCACAGCGGCGAGCGGCCCUACAAGUGCUACGUGUGCGGCGCCGGCUUCAUCACCUCCAGCAAGAUGCACCGCCACGUGCUCACGCACCCGCAGUGCUGGGACGACGAUGAAGUGAAAACAGAAAACUUAGAUAUUAAAUUGGAACCGCUGAAAGAUGGUGAGGCGGUCGAUGAUAAGAAAAAAUUAAAAAUGAAGAAAGCCCUCGCGAAGUUCUCGAAGAAACCGAGGAGUUCGGAUAAGAAGAAAAAGCUUUAUCAGAAGCGACCUCACGCCUGCGAGUUCUGUCAGAAGAGAUUUUUGCAUCUGGAGACAUUACAGGUACAUAAAAAGUCCCACGAAGGCGAGUCGAUAGUCUACAAAUGCACUUUCUGCCUCGACGAGCAACAGGACGAGGCGACGUUGAAGGCCCACGAGGCGACGCACGACGGCCCGAAGCCCUACCUGUGCACGAUAUGCGGGAAGGGUUACAAGAAACGCGAGACAAUGAUAUACCACCGGAAGAACCACAAGCCCGAGAAGGAGUACAUCUGCGACAUCUGCACGAAGAGCUUCAACGCGCAGUGCAAGCUGCAGCGCCACAUCGUGAGCCACCGCGCCGACAAGUUCGUGCUGCGCUACGAGUGCCCCGUGUGCGCGCACAUGUUCAACACCAAGUACCACGUGCAGAUGCAUCUCGCCACGCACCAGAAGGAGGGCCUAAUUCAAGAGGAGAAUCGUAACGAGAUCCUGGCGAUGGUGUUACAAAACGCGCGUAAGAUACCGAAGACGCCGGACGCGCCCUCCGCCCUCACCGACAUCGUGCCGGCCGACGAGCGGAGCCGCGUCUGCAACAUCUGCGGGGAGAUAUUCCAGCACUUUUACUACUUGGAGGAGCAUCUGAAGAGCCACGGUUCCAAAAUAGCCGUAGAGGACAACGAAAAGGCUAAAGAGAAGAAACAUAUUUGUAAAAUAUGCAAUAAAGGCUUUAAACUACAUUAUUAUUUAAAAUUACAUAGUUUUACUCAUACUAAAGAGAAGCCGUUCAUUUGUCAGCAGUGCGGCAAGGGUUUCAUAACCAAAGGUAAGUUGAAAAGACAUCUCGAGACUCAUACGGGCUUGAAAAAAUACCAAUGUCAUAUCUGCUAUAAGUUCUUCACGCGGCCCAGUUAUCUCAGGAUUCAUGUGAGGACUAUACAUGGUACGCAGGAUUAUAAUUUCAGACUGGAGAAACAGUAUGGGUUAUCGUCUGUACCGCUCAUGGGGCAUUCCGCUUGAGUUGAGACGAGUCAAUGUUAUUAUAAGUGCAACUUACUUGUGAACUAAUAUUGAGUGAACAAUUUUUACCUGUCAAAUAUUUGGGCAACUAAUGUCAAUUUUGUUUUUUUUUUUUUAAUUAUAAAUAUUGACAUAAGAUUUAAAUAUUGAGACCAAAAUUAAAGUAUAUUGAUUAAAAACAGGUUUAUAUGAAGUGAUAUAUUUUUAUGUAUUUUUUUAUUAUAAAUAUGGGUACCUUGAUGCGGGUAUGUUGUUUAGUUUGUACGGUUUUAGUUUUUUUUUUUUUUAAUGGUUGUAGCUGGGUACUGGGGGCCACGCAGAGCAAAGAAACAUAUAGAGCACUCCUUGACUUGCAAUUUGUGACUAUUUUAAAAAUAUUUGAUAGUUUUAUUUAAUUUUAAUUCUCUUAUAUAUUAUAUGACCCUGUCUAGCUACACCCAUGAUUGUUUUUUUGAACGUUUGUAACUAAAUAGAUUCUUUGAUUUUAGAUAAAGAAAAGAAAUAACCUCAAAUAAUUUUCUAUUGCACUAUUACUGUAUAGAUGGUUUUUUUAAACUGGUAAUUAAUGUCGAAAACCAUUAGUUUAAGCUCUGUUCAUCACAAGUGGUGUCGGUUAAUAUUGUACUUAUUUAAAUUAAUAAAUUACUGGCAACGAUACAUUGUAAGAUUAUGUGAUGGUUUGUUUAAAAUGAUUAAACUAAUAUUAAAAUUGGUUCAGGUUUUACCCAAACGUUUUUAAGUAUCGUUAAAGUUAGGAGAUUUAGUCUGUCAAACAGACAAUUGAUUUUAUUGCUAUGUAUAUUAAAACUAGGUAUUAUUUUAACGGUGUAAAGAAAAACGGUGCGAUUUUUUUUUUUAAAUGUAUAUUUUUCAAAAUGUAAAUAUUAAACAAUAUUAAGUUUUUGUAUUGUUUGUAAUUAAACGUUUUGUACAGUGGUCCAAAUAUCAAGUGUAAGAUUUUAGCCCAUCCAAUAUUAUUAAGGUUUGUUUUUUUUUUUAAUAUUUGCAUCAUGUCGCUGUCAAAAAAUAUUACCAUCUAAAAUGGCGGGAAAUUCUUUAAAUAAGAUGGCGUCUUAUAAUUUUUCAAUUACAGUUUUCUAAGGUUUGAUUUUUUAAUGUUUAGAAAAUAAUAUGUUGACGUCUAAAAUGGCGGGAAUUUUAAAACAAGAUGGCGUCUUUUUAUUUCAUGGUAUUGCAAUUAAAAUUUUUUAAGAGUUAUUGUGUUAAUGAUUUUGCAAUGUCAAAAAAUGUUGACGUCUAAAUUGGCGGGGAAUAAUUUAAACAAGAUGGCGUCAUUGAUUUCAAUAUAUUGCAAUUACUUUAUCCCUUAUUAAGAAUUAUUGCCCAAUGUUAUAAUGCACGGUUUUAAUACGAUCUCAACAGAUGGAAAAAUAGUUAUUUAAAAUUGCACGUUACUUAGAAUAAGUUGUACAUUCUUUGAUCGGCUGCUCUGGGCGGUUGUGUUGUAGCAAUAAUUUUUCACGCAAAACUUGGUGUUGUAAAUUUUUCUCACUUUUAAAGGUUGUUGAUUUUGUAUAAAGAAAAAAAUAUAUAUGAAUAAAUAAAUUAAGUUUUA